AUGUCCUCCUUUAACUUUAUGCUGCCCAUUUUGGACGACCUCACAUUCUCUGAUGAGCCUGAGGGGAUAGUAGGAGCAGCAACUCCACCUGCGACAGAGUUACCAGAGAUAGUGCUGCCCACAUCAGCCGAAUUGUUCUUUGCUGUACCCCCUGUACCCCCUAAGACUCCUAAAACGACUAAGCGUCAAAAAGCACAGGCGCUGAGGAGGAAAAAGUUGGCAGCCUCUUUGAGGGAGAAGCGAGCCGAUGCAGCUGCUCGGCAACGAGAUCCCGACUACCGCCCAUUGAAAUUUAAGACGGACUACCAUCUAGGAUUUGAUUCGCCCGAGAAUGAUCGAAAUGAUCCCAUCACACCGAAGCUCUCGAGCAAGGCCAAUACGCCAGUUUCUGACC